CCCCCCACCUCCCCCGAACCUCUCCCCGGUUCGGUGUCGCUCAGUCUCCAUGGAAACGGGCCCCGCCCAGGCUGGGGACCGGCCCGAGUCCCUGGCGGAGAUCUGCACCGCGCGCUGCCUCCGCAACCUGGGGGGCACCAUGUGUCGCACGAGCGCCGAGGGCAGCUUGAGCCUCAGCGGGGGGGUCUUUCUGCCCAGCGAGAUCUGCGACAGGCUGCUCAACACGUACGUGGAGCUGGUCCUUACAGACAGCACUUUCCAAAAGCAUGACGGCUUCUUCACGCUUUUCUCGGACCCCUACAGCACGAGGCUCAAGCGGGUGCAGCUCAGGAACGACGUGGUGCGUGACAGGGACCUGGAAGCCAUCGCAAAGCAGGAUCUGAUUGAGCUCCACCUGAUCUACUGCAACAAGCUGACAUCAGGCAGCCUGAAGACACUGACCCACUUCCGACACACCUUGGUCUCCCUCAGCCUCUAUGGCUGCAGCAAUAUAUUCCGCCGGAGGGGCUUGAACACCCAGGCCCUGGACGACCAGGGGAACCCAUCCAGACGAGCAGAGCCAGACUUCACAUUCCAGGGGUUUGACCGGCUGCGGCUGCUCAACCUGGGCGGCCUGGCGCUCCCCGUGGACGUGGAGGCCCUGCUGCAUCCUCUCCCCACCCUGGUCUCUCUGGACCUGUCUGGUAUCCGGAUCCCCAGAGCAAAGUUCCUGCUGCAGUGGAAGGAUACACUGGCCUCCCUGGUGCUGUACAACGUGGAGCUGUCAGAGGAGCACAUCCACACCAUUGUGAAGCUGAGCAACCUCCGACACUUGGACAUCUCCCGCGAAAACCAGCGCAGCUUCAGUUUCAAGCUCUCGAGAAAUACCCUGACAGGCAUCGUGCAGGACUUGAGCCACCUGGUCUCUCUGGACAUCUCGUGUAAUGUGAUUGUGGACGACUGCAUCGUGCCACCCUACGAGGAAGCCCUAAGCCGCUCCAGCAUCGAGCCCUCAGACAGCAGCAUCUUCCCAUUCCGGGACCUGAAGAGGCCACUGCAGUUUCUGGGGCUGUACGACACCUCGCUCUGCAACCUGACUCAUAUUCCAGCAUACAAGGUCACGGGUACGAGGAACGAGGACCAGAUCCUGAAUGCCAUUGAGGCCUACACAGAGUUGCGCCCUGAGGUCGCCCACAGGGCCAUCAACCAUCUCUUCGACAUCGCCAGGAUCCAGCACUGCAGCCAGUUGAUCCGGGCACUGCAGCUGGUGAUCGCAGCCUUGAAGUUUCACAAAUACAACAAGAACAUUCAGGUGACGGGCAGCGCAGCGCUGUUCUACCUCACCAACACAGAGUACCGCACCAAUCAGAGUGUGAGGCUGCGACGGGAGGUCAUCCAGGUGGUGCUGAACGGCAUGGAGGAGUACCAGGAGGUCACGGUCCAGAGGAACUGCUGCCUGACACUGUGCAACUUCUCCAUCCCCGAGGAGCUGGAGUUCCAGUACUUGCGGGUCAACCAGCUACUCUUGCGCAUCCUGGAGCCCGCAUGGCAAGAUGAGUCCAUCCAACGAAUCGCCGUGCACCUCUGCAACGCUCUGGUCUGCCAGGUGGACAACGACCACAAGGAGGCCGUGGGAAAGAUGGGCUUUGUCACGACAAUGUUGAAUUUGAUACAGAAGAAGUUGCAGGACAAGAUGUGUGACCAGGUGAUGGAGUUCUCGUGGAGUGCUCUGUGGAACAUCACGGACGAGACGCCCGAUAACUGCGAGAUGUUCCUCGACUCCAAGGGCAUGAGCCUUUUUCUUCAAUGUCUGGAGACGUUCCCAGACAAGCAGGAGCUGCACCGCAACAUGCUGGGGUUGCUGGGUAACGUGGCCGAGGUGAAGGCACUGAGACCGCAGCUGCUCACACCGCAGUUCAUCACAGUGUUCAGUAACCUGCUGGACAGCAAGGCGGACGGCAUUGAGGUGUCCUAUAAUGCAUGUGGAGUCCUGUCCCACAUCAUGUUCGAUGGACCCGAAGUCUGGACCGUGGAGGAAUCGUGCCGGGAUGAGGUCAUGGACAGGAUGAGAGCAGCCAUCCGAAGCUGGGAUGUCAACUCGCGCAGGAACAUCAACUACAGGUCUUUUGAGCCAAUCCUGCGUCUGCUACCCCAGAGCAUUGCUCCCGUCAGUCAGUACUGGGCCACAUGGGCUCUGUACAACCUUGUCUUUGUAUACCCGGAUAAAUACUGCCCGUUACUGAUCAGAGAAGGAGGAAUGGCCUUACUGCAGGGGGUCCUCGAGAUGGACACGUCGCAGGCGGAGACCAAGGACAUGGCACGCAAGGUGAUGGAGUACUGUAGGAACUUCAGAGAGGAACCCAUGGACACUACAAAAUGAGCUUGCAGUGCUCUCAGAAGUGACAGCUGGAAGAAAAAGAGCCCUUGGUUUUGGUUUCCAGUGUGCGAGAUCGUCAACCAUGCUUUUACAAUACCGGGUGUGAGAUUCGAAACCGGUCUGCUUCUCUUCCCAGCAUCCAGCAGGAAUCUUUUUUUAUGGGACAGUGGGAAAAGACGUUUAAAGGAUUGGUUGAAUUUCUUUUUAAUUUAUUUCUUUUCGCUUUCUAUUUUUCUGUCUAUGUUUUGCACAUGUUUUCGGUCUUUGUUUUCGUGUGAAUUUUUUGUGUGCGAGACCUUAAUUGUUUCUUCUUUACAAGAACAUAGAGUAAAAAAACUGAUCUUUCCUUUU